GGAAGAAGAAGAAGAAGCAGGAGCCCACCAUUGUUGUCAGAGAAACUGCUUCUUCCUUCUUCCUUCUUCCUUCCUUCCUCACGACCAUUUACUGCGCGCACAGAUCUUGAUGCUGCUGCAGUCACCAGAUCCACCACCACCUCUCUCUCUCUCUCUCUCUCUCUCAAUCAUACAUGACGUAAAGCUUAAAUAACCGACGGAAAAAAACAAUAUCCGCGGCCACUUUACUGUCCGUCUGUCCCUCCCUUCGCAUCUACUGCACUCCUCGCCAUCAUCCCCCACGUUCUCUCUCUAGAUCCCUCCUCGGUCCUCGCUCCCCCUCCCCCAUGAGCCGCAUUUGCCAUUCCCGCGUCCCUGCCGCCGCCGCGGCCGCCUCGCGCUGAGGAGUCGGCCGGAGCCCCGGAGGCCGGGGAGGGAGCGAGCGCCCGCGAGAUGAGCCGGAGCGGCAGGGAGUAUCUGUUCGGUGGGAGGACCGGCCCCGCGGGGCCGCUGAGCCGCCACCACCACCACCGGCGGGGGCACAGCGUGACCGGCGUGUCCGCCGCCCCCUCCCGCGACGCCGACGAGAGCCUGGAUCUCUUCUCCAAGAACCGCCGGAGCGUCUCCGUCGCGUCCUCCGACGAAUCGUCCGACGCUUCUUCGAUAAAACUGGGAAGGCUUUCCGUCGGAUCGGCGAAAGUGGCGCAACGGAGCGGGCUCGAUGAUUUGCUUUCGUCUACAGAUGGAGGGAAGCACGAUUACGACUGGUUAAUUUCUUGCAAUGAUCCCACAUCAAUGCAGCUUCUCACUCCUCCGGGGACUCCUCUAUUUCCUUCAUCGGACGGAGGAAGUGAGUCUCAAUCAAACAUAGCGGUGUCGAGAAGCAGUUCCAUGGUCCGAUCAACCUCUACAACUAAGGUCUCCAGGUUAUCUGUUUCACAGUCGGAGAGCACUCAUUCCUCCAGACCUACCAGAAGCAGUUCGGUGACUCGCCCUUCUGUCUCUACUUCUCAAUAUAGCACCUAUUCUUCUAAUAGAUCAUCAUCAAUUCUGAACACCAGCUCAGCCUCAGUCUCAUCCUACACUAGACCAUCUUCCCCAAUUACCCGCUCUUCCUCUGCGGCCAGACCUUCCACCCCAUCUGCCCGUGCAACUGCAUCACGAUCCUCAACUCCUUCAAGAAUUCGUCCGGUCUCCACAAGCUCCUCUAUUGAAAAACCUCGACCAUCACAAAACUCGAGGCCUUCCACUCCAAGUUCAAGGCCACAGAUUGCGGCAAAUAUAAGUUCCACCACUGCUCGAUCUAAUUCUCGUCCAUCUACGCCCACUCGUAGGAACUCUGCACCUUCCCUAUCCCCGUCAGCAGGCACUCCAAUAUCUAGUGGGCGAGUGCUUUCAAAUGGUCGCAAUGGAGCCCCUGCAUCAAGACCAAGCUCCCCAAGCCCACGACUUCGACCUCCCCAACAACCUAUUUUCCCCCCCGAUUUUCCUCUGGAAACACCACCUAACCUUAGAACUACCUUACCAGACCGGCCGCUUUCUGCUGGUAGGUCGCGUCCUGGUGCCGCUGUCACUGUUAAGGGGAACUCAGACAUCUCGGGGCCAGUAAGCACGACAAGACGACAACCAUCACCCGUUACUACCAGGGGAAGAGUCGCGACUGCGGAGUCCAUCGGAAGAGGUCGAGUCCAUGCUAAUGUUACUGAUGCACUCGAGCCUCGUAGAUCCCCUAAUUCAUCAGAAUUGGGAAUGAGAAAGCCUGUGAAAAGUGUGAUGUCUCUUAGUGAGAGCACUGGAUUUGGAAGGACUAUCUCCAAGAAAUCACUAGAUAUGGCUAUCAGGCAUAUGGAUAUAAGAAAUGGAGCAGGAGGCAGCCGUGCACUUUCAGGCACCACCCUUUUCCCUCAGAGUAUUCGAUCUUCUGCUUCGAAAAACCAAUCAGCUCGCACUUUGAGUGCACCACCAUCCGUCAACGGCAAUGGCAACCAGCACUGCAUGAAUGACGUAGUCUUUUUGGAGAAUGGCAGCAGAAUGAGAACUCCAGCAGUUGGUGGAGAGGUGGGCAAUGGAAGGUACUCCGCCAAAUUGACAGAAGUUGAUAUCUACGAGAGCUCGCGCUACGAUGCGAUGCUGCUCAAAGAGGAUUUGAAGAACACAAACUGGCUCCACAGCUUCGACGAUAAAUCCGAUCAGGGAUUGAUCUUUGAUAACGGGUUCGAGUCUCUGCCCGAACCAUUCGCCCCCUUAUAGCGUGACCGAGAGACGCGGCCUUCCUUCCUUACUACUCCCGUUAUUUAUUGGUUGGAGUAUGGUUUAUAUCUUAGCCCUAAAGAAAAGCAGCACAUUGACAGAGAAACAGGGGAAGUGCUCAAGUGUCCUCAAGGAGAAAUCAGCUUGAUGUGGGUCUUUCUGUUUUGCGGCCAUUCCUCAUGGAGAAAUCGAUGUUGUUCCCUUUCUCUCUAUAGCAUCCUACAGUUUUCUUGGAUUGGGCAAUGUAGGAGCAGCAACGCCCUAUUGAUGGAUGAUACGGGGAAGUACGUUUUCUUUUUUUUUUUGUUUCUUCUUUGGGAUAAGUGAAGAACUUGGUUUGAUGGAUGUGUUAAUGUAAAUCAUAGUUUAAUUAUCUAAGCAUUUCUCGCGCAUCUUAUUGAAUGAAA